AUGCGGAGACCACGGGUCACAUCCUGCUCCGGCCUCACCCACCUGUCCCAUGACACCUGCAGCCGCCACUUUGCAUCUGCCACAUCCCAGUGGCACCGAGGAGCCAAAGGUCUGGCAAGUUUCUUACUUGAAGGUACUUCUAAGCUGCUUCUUAUUAAAGUCAUUCAUCAAGGAGCCACUGUGCCCUUUCUGGAGGCGCUGCUCCCAGGACCAACUCGAGGCUCGCUGCCUCCCAAAACCCGCGCUGCUUAA